AUGGACCCUGUCACGGCAGUUGCGAUGGCCGGCAAUGUCCUUCAGUUCAUCCAGUUCGUUGGAGGCCUCCUCAACGACGCCCGGAAACUCCACGCAUCCGCCACGGGAACCAGCGGUAACAACGAUCAUCUCCGGGACAUUUGCGGGACGCUCAUGAAUUUCAACACACGACUUGAGAAGCCGCCUUCAGAGUCUACCAGUAUCCUAGUCGGCCGUCUAUCAAAGCAGAGCGAGCCACUUCAAGAGUGCGCGGCAGCUUGCAAAAGAGACUGCUCAGAUCUGCUUGCAAUUUUGAGCAAACUCCAAGAUAUCUCGACAAAGGGCCCGCGAUACUGGGGCAGCUUCCGCGCCGCCCUCGCUGAGGUCUGGAAAGCGAGCGAAAUCGAAGACUUAAGGUCGCGGAUCGCCGACCGUCAGCGACAAAUGACUCUAUUGCUGUGUGCAGCGUCAAACGAAACCACGUUGUUUAUCAGCGACUGUGUGAAAGAUCUCGGACGAGGAAUCUGGCAACUCCAUAGCGGCUCGAGACUAGAUGCCGUUCUACGUCAGAUCGAAGAGGUCAAAGAACUUGUCAAAAACUCAUCCAAAAGUCGCAUGGAAAGACCAGAUCAAGUCAGCAGUAUCUGUUCUGGAAUCUCGGGUCUCUCGCUUGAGGCAAGAGCUUUCGAGAAGGAAGCUCAGGUGUUGGCGAGUCUCAACUAUAAAGACAGGCCGGCUCGGCACGAAAAGAUACCUAGCGCUCACACAACGACCUUCAAGUGGAGUUUGGACGAGAACAGAGAGGCAGUAGUAGACUACGGCAAGCUGCGGCGUUGGCUGAAGAGCGAUCAACCGUUGUUCUGGGUUUCCGGAAAGCCAGGCUCGGGAAAGUCAACACUCAUGAAGUAUAUCGCGGACAACAAAGAAUCAUCAAAAUGUCUAAGGUCCUGGGCCGGAAGACAUGAUCUUCUGAUGAUCAGCCAUUACUUCACGAUCUAUGGCACGCCGAUUCAAAGGUCUAUAGACGGUCUGUUGCGGUCGCUCCUGUUCGGAAUCUUCUCCCGAAAGCCAGAGCUCAUCCCAAAGCUCAUGUCAGACCGCUGGGAUCACUCCACUGAGCCCGCCAGAUGGACACAGUCUGAGUUGGAGGGUCUAAUUAGGCUCAUCGGCGACGAAACUGACGAGUUCUCAUUCAAAAUCUGCUUCUUUAUUGAUGGUCUGGAUGAGUUCGAAGGCGACCACAUCGACAUCUGUCAGACUCUCAUUCGACUAUCCCAGAACCCUUGCAUCAAGGUGUGUGUGUCGAGCAGGCCGUGGAACGUCUUCGAAGACGCGCUAGGAGACCGCGCCGGUUCCAAGCUCUACAUGCAUGAGCUUACGUACCACGACAUUCGAAGUUAUACGGAAUGCCGUCUUCAAGAACAUCCCAGGUGGAGUGUUUUGCAAGAAGAGACUAGUUCCGUUUCGUGGCCGUCUCUGAUCGAUGAAGUGGUAUCCAAGUCCAAUGGCGUCUUUCUUUGGGUUACGUUGGUUGUCCGCCUGCUACGAGAAGGCCUCACCAAUGACGACAGUCUAUCAGAUCUGCAAAGGCGACUCUCAAGUUUCCCAGCAGAUCUCAAAGAGUUCUUCUGGCACAUCAUACAAACUGUGGACCCAUUUUACAACGAAAAGAUGGCGGGAACGUUGUCACUCGCACUUGAAGCCAAGGAGCCCUUGUGCCUGGAGAUCUUCUCGUUCCACGACCUUGAGUACGACGACGAGAAUUACGCCUUCAAGGAAGCUACCGAACUCAUGUCCACCGACCUCGGGUUGCUCAACAAGCUCUUCCGUACCGUUUCUCGGCGCAUUAACGGUCGAUGUAAGGGCUUGUUGGAGCGAAACGGAGAUCGCAUGGAGUUCCUACAUCGAACCGUUUACGACUUUCUGCGCACUGGCAAGAUGGCCGAUUUUCUGGCGGAUCAGACCAAGAGCAAUUGCUGCUUCAGUUUGUCACUCUUGAAAGCUUCUAUUGCAUGGAUUAAACGCUCGACCUUCGCCCGGGGCGCUACACCAGACGGUAAUCCCAUGAUUGAAAUACGUGGCUUCGUCAACAGACUGAGACGAACCCUCAAGUACGCUCGUCAUGCCGAUAUGCAUGGCGAAAGCUCUGCAGCGGUCACGGCAGCACUAUUGGACAACAUGGAACAAAGCAUACCGCGAAUGAUUGCACGGGGGCAGAUCCAGAUGACGAACCCGUCUUUGGCAACCGUGAUAUUUCGACGACUUGUAUUAGAAGCAGGGGUCAGUAGCUAUGUUCGGAACAAGUUGACCCUCGAUCACGACUUUUUCAAGGGCCCUUCCGACAAGCGAGUUCAAUCCCCGCUUCAUAUACUUCUCGAUUCAUCCUGCGAGUUCACCAGAGAGGAUCAGUGUUGGAUAUUCAAGACCCUUCUUGAAGCUGGUCACGACCCUAAUGAGAGCGACGAAGAGUCUCGCAGUCCUUUGGCGGCUCUGGUUUCUCGCUGCACAUCGGGCAGUGGAGAAACUGAAACAUUUAGCAGGAUCUUUGACUACGCCGAUGGUAAUAUUCUGUCUAUGUUACUCAAACAUGGAGCUGAUCCCAAUGUGAUGGUCAAGACGUGGAUUCGGAACGAGCGCCAGUUGGAGGUGCCGGUUUGGCUGCUCUUCUUCUUAGGGAUGUGGAGAACGGACUUCAUAAAACGACCGGAGAAGUACGAGCAGACACUCGUCGUUAUGUUGAAAGCAGUCGACAUGGUCGGAGACGUCAUGGUGAACAGGUUGGUCACCGGAAAGGAGAAUGGAAGAGAGAUUGGAAGUGUGGCUCAGCAGUUCAACUUCUGGUAUAUGUCCGAACGUGAUCUGUUCCCUGACCGGGAAAGUCAGCGCAACAUCGACUUUUUGAUCGGGGUUUUCACCCUGGUGUUGUCCAGAAUCCCUCCUACUACGCCAGCAUUUGCAGAUGCAGAAAACUGCGGUGGCUGGACGCAGGCUUGCCAGGCUGUACGCAUCUUGGAUCCCUCCUGGCUUCCCGUGUCAGAGAUCGGCGCCAUGCCGCAAAGUUUUCGAGCCUGUGAAACGAGAGUUCCGCCUCAGCAGGCACCGCUUUUCACGGAAAGCAUUUACUGGAACCAGUACCCCAAUAUCCAUCACUUCUUUCCGAAUCAGACGGUCCACAACAUCACGUUCAGUGAAGAGCGAUUCCUCGCUACGCGAAACAACAGCACACUUUGCUAUUCGGGAGGAGAAGCGAGAGAACUUGAGACAAAGGGAUUCAAAGCCAACGAGGAUCUCUAUGGCCAAGGCGUUCGCGCUGGUAUCUACCUCAACUGGAUCGCGUCUCUGCUGGCAAAUCAGCUGUUAGCCCCGAGAAAGCGCAGGACAAUACAGAAGGCGUAUUUGCUGACUUUCAAUACGAUAUUAUGCAUAGCAACAUAUUUCGAGAUACUUCGGCCAUGCGUAUUCGGAAUCGAGAUUAAGGUUCUCUACUGGGCCUAUUGGGGUGGUGCCGUCUGCGUCUUCAACUCCGCCCCGAACGAAAAUCGACUUGGCAACAGCACUCGCUGGACUCAAUUGGACUGGCUUUCGGGCGUUCGAUACACCAGCAACGCUCUUAUGUUUUACCAUGGAUUCUGGUUUACUUUCCAUGGCUACGAUAAUUCAUACGCUAAAAUGCCCUGUGGGACUCAGCAGUUCAUUUUCGGGAGCCUGCUAGACCCCAGUCCUGCGUAUUGCGCAGUCAAUUAUGUUUUUUUGGUGAUUGUUUCAGUCCCUGAGAUUAGGGUUUACGUCUCGCAGACGUUUACAUACUAUGACAACGACCCUGGGGGGCCUGAUCACAGCCAAGAGGGUUUCAGAUCAAAUCCGACUCUCCAGACCUCAAUAAUUUCUAAGAGCCCGAGACUCCUCCGCCUGCUCAAGUGGUGCAAGAGCUGGCACGGCUAUUUCCGCGAAGUGUCCGGCCUCCCCUUUCACGCUCAACUGGGGAUUCGCUUGAUCACCCCCUUGGAUGUGAAAAACCGGAAAAAGUACCGCAUUUACUGUGCUGGAUUGUGGCUCGCCUCAUUCAUCCUGUCCGUGACAGGCAUUGAAGCAACUUUGAGGUGGAAUAAAGUUGAUAACAUCGAUUCUUUCAACUCGACUGGGCAGUAUUUGGCUCUGCCACUUGGUCUCUUCGUAGUCAUGGAUGUAGUCGCGAAGUUAUGGCAGCAAGAAAAGGCGAGUUGCGGCAUCCUAAGUCUCUACGAUAUUGUAGGACGUUCUAGCUGA